AUGUCGCAGGGUGCCAGGGGCAGCGGCAGCCUCCUCCUCCUCGCUGGGCUCCUCUCGGUGCUGGGGCCGUCCCCGACAUCCUCCAUCCACGUGUACACGCAGCGGGAGGUGUACGGCACCGUUGGCUCCCACGUCACCCUCUCCUGCAGCUUCUGGUCCAGCGAGUGGAUCUCCGAGGACAUCUCCAUCACAUGGCACUUCCAAGCUGAGGGAACCCGUGACAGCACAUCCAUAUUCCACUAUGCCAAGGGUCAGCCUUACAUCGAUGACGUGGGCACCUUCAAGGAGCGGAUGGAGUGGGUUGGCAAUCCCCACCGUAAGGAUGGCUCCAUCGUCAUCCACAACCUGGACUACACCGACAACGGCACCUUCACCUGCGACGUCAAGAACCCCCCUGACAUUGUGGGCAAGUCCUCCCAGGUCACGCUCUACGUCUUUGAGAAAGUGCCCACCCGCUAUGGUGUUGUGCUGGGCUCCAUCAUCGGUGGGGCUCUGCUGCUGGUGGCCGUGGUGGUGGUCCUCGUCUAUCUCAUCCGCUACUGCUGGCUGCGGCGGCAGGCAGCCCUGCAGCGACGGCUGAGUGCCAUGGAGAAGGGAAAGCUGCAGCGAUCAGCCAAGGAUGCGUCCAAGCGCAGCCGGCAGGCACCCGUGCUCUACGCCAUGCUGGACCACAGCCGCAGCACUAAGGCAGCAAGUGAGAAGAAAGCCAAGGGAGCCCCAGGAGACUCCCGUAAGGAUAAGAAAUAG